AUGGCCCCAGCGUCUCAGGAGACCGAGUCCGCCUCCCCGACAACGACCAGGCCCGACGGCGAGUCGUCGGUAUGUUGUGUUGUCCGUAUCUGCACGCGGUUCUGGCACUCCGGCGCAGCAAGGGGGGCCAGCAGAGAGCGGGUCACGCAGAGGGCGCAGAACUUCUGCCUCGACCGCAGCCCCUUGGUCUCUUGA